AUUUUAUAGGUUAGUAUCAUUAAAAAUUAUUAAACCAGUGUUCCUUUGAUGUCACUAAUAUUUAAUCUUGAAAGGUUUAGUAUAAACAGUGUCAAAUUGAGCAGACUUUUGGGAAAGAUUUAUUUAUUUCUAUUUGAAAGGGAGAUUUAUAGAGAAGAAAGAGAAAGAUCUUCUGUCUCCUGGUUCAUUCUACAAUGGCUGCAGUCAUCAGAGUUAAGUUGAUCCAAAACCAAGAACUGGUAGCCUCCUUUGGGUCUCCCAUGUGGAAGCAGGGGCCCAGGUGUCUGGACCAUCCUCUGCAGCUUUCCCAGGCAACAACCAAGGAGCUAGAGGGGGAGUAAAACAGUCAGGGCAUGAACUGGUACCCUUAUGGGAUGCCAACACUUGCGGUGGAAGAUUAGUCUAUUAAAUUAUUAUGCUGGCCCCUGGUUGAGCAGAUUUUUCUCUAAUAAGUCUACUAUAGUGCUUAAUUAUUAAGCACAGCAUUGUCAUUUCCAGAAACUGUUGUACUUUAGGUGAGCUUUUAUUAUUAUUAUUGUUAUUAUUAUUAGGAAAACAAGAAAGAAAGUAGUAUUUAUUGUUAGGCAACACCAUUAAUCUAAUUUAAUAUCUUAAAUUUUAAAAAUAAUAUAAAUAUAUUUUCUUUAUUUUAUGAUACUGUUUAAUAGGCAUUGAGUUUUCUCCUCCCUCUCCUCCCCCAUUGUUGUCAGAUGUCCAUCGUACUGCCAUUGAGGUGUCCCCAAACAAUGUAGGGGCUUAUCUGUUAUUUUGCUGUGGGACCAUCUUUGUCUUGCAAGUAUGGGGAUACACUUCUCUCUGUUUCUGCCUAUGGACAUAUUUAUUUCUGCUGCACUUCCAUUAUACCUCCCCCUUAACGUAUAGUCCACCUUGGGUUGAGAGGAGAAAAAGAAAGAAAAAAUUUAAAUAAAAUGGAAUAGUGAAUCUUCAUCUCCAUGGUGUUGUCAAACUCAUAGCAGGGGCAUCAGUGUGAUGCUAGGGUGGUACAAAAAAGUGUCCAAUAUCUUCCUGCAGAAAUUAAUGCUAGCAUAUGACUAUGUAGGUUCAAAUGGAAGUACAGAACGAACUAGAUAAUCAUUACCCAUGGAUAGUAGUACUAACAGUGAAAAGAGGGAUACUAAAAGUCUUAGGUAAUCAUAUGCAAUCAGUCUAUCGUGAAUUGUUGAUUAAUAGGUUACAUCACAAGAUCUUAUUGUGUGUAGUACAGACAGCUUGGAAAUGUGAUAAGAUAUGAUUUUUAGAUUUGACAUCGUGUUUUCUUGUAUUAAGACAAACAUAUGAUAUCUGACCUUUUGGUAUUGGCUCAUUUCCCUUAGCAUAAUAGUUUCCACGCGGGCCCAUUUGGUCACAAGACAUGUAUAUAUAUUUUUAAUAAUGGAGUAGUAUUACGUAGAGUAGAUAAACCGUAGUUUCCUUAUCCAGUCUUCUGUUGGUGGGCAUUUUGGUUGCUUCCAAGUUUUAGUGAUUUUUGAUUGUACUGCUGUGAACAUUGGGGUGCAUAUUGCUUUUUCACGUAACAGCUCCAUGAAUUAUGUUCUUGAUAUUUUGAACAGAGUAAAUCCCAGCUCAUAUUCAAGGGGAGUAAAGAAUGGUGCAGUCAAUCGAGGUAUUUCGGCUACAUUCAAGCCCACAAAUCAGCACUAUGUGAAUCCAUCAUCAAAUCCUGUGACUCCUUCACCAGCAAAUUUUCAUCCUGAAUCUAGAUCUUCAAAUAGUUCUGUUAUUGUUCAACCUUUUACUAAAACUGGUUCUGUAACAAACUCCUUGCAAGUUGUAUCUAAUAGUGCUCCGGAGUUACUGUUUGACUUGACCCGGGAUGUAAGCUUAUCACAUUUUCAAGGUGGACCAACAGUUUCUGUAGCAGGUGUGAAUGAAAAUUCAUUUUUAUCAAAACGUCCUUCUGCUUCUGAAGCCAACAGUGUUAGUCCAAAAAAGCCCAAGCCCGGUGAAAAUGUUCCUGGAACAAAUUCUUCAGCUGUAUUCCCUUCAGUUACAUCUCCUUCAGUGACCCCUCCCCAGGCAGUGCCAUCAAAGGGUACAAAUGCCUCAUCGAAUCAAUCUAAAAAUGGAACACCUUUUCCAAAAGCUUGUCCAAAGUGCAAUAUUCAUUUCAAUCUUUUGGAUCCUCUGAAAAAUCACAUGAAGUAUUGUUGUCCAGACAUGAUAAAUAGCUUUUUGGGGCUGGCUAAAACAGAGUUUUCAAGUACAACAAAUAAAAGUAAGACUGUUGAUUCAGAGAAAGGAAAAUUGAUCAUGUUAGUUAAUGACUUUUAUUAUGGAAAACAUGAAGGAGAUGUCCAGGAAGAACAGAAGACUCAUACAACCUUUAAAUGCUUCAGUUGCUUGAAAGUCUUAAAAAAUAAUAUUAGGUUUAUGAACCACAUGAAACAUCAUUUGGAACUUGAGAAGCAGAGCAGUGAGAGCUGGGAAAACCACACCACCUGCCAGCACUGCUACCGUCAGUUUCCCACACCAUUUCAGCUGCAGUGUCACAUCGAAAGUACACACACUCCCCAUGAAUUUUCUACAAUUUGUAAAAUCUGCGAAUUAUCAUUUGAGACAGAACAUGUUCUUUUGCAACAUAUGAAGGACAAUCAUAAACCUGGUGAGAUGCCGUAUAUUUGCCAGGUUUGCAAUUAUAGAUCAUCAUCAUUUUCUGAUGUAGAAACUCAUUUCAGAACAUCUCAUGAAAACACUAAGAACUUGCUAUGUCCAUUUUGCCUCAAAGUUAUUAAAAUUGCAACACCCUAUAUGCACCAUUACAUGAAGCAUCAGAAAAAAGGAAUACAUCGUUGUACAAAAUGCAGAUUGCAAUUUUUGACAUGCAAAGAGAAAAUGGAUCACAAGACUCAGCAUCAUCGAACAUUUAUAAAACCUAAACAACUAGAAGGAUUGCCUCCUGGGACAAAAGUUACUAUUCGAGCUUCAGUUGGACCUCUUCAAUCAGGAUCUUCAGUUACACCAUCCAUUAGUGCAAGCACUUCUACCCUUCAGCUUUCACCUCCAAGGACUAAAAAUAUAACUGAUAAAACUCCCACAAAAUUGAAUACAAGUAAACCUAAUACAACCAAAUCCAAUGCAAGUAAACCCAGUGCCAGUAAGCCUAAUGGAAAUAAAUCUAAAUACAAAUCAAAAAUAUCUAAUAUACAAAAGAAACAAAGCACAUUGGCUAGUAGCAAUAAAAAAAGUAAAGUUAAUACAGCAUUGAGGAACUUAAGGUAUCGUCGGGGCGUUCACAAGUGCAUUGAAUGUUGUUCCGAAAUAAAAGAUUUUGCAAACCAUUUUCCUACAUAUGUCCACUGUAGUUUUUGCAGAUACAACACUAGCUGUAGCAAAGCCUAUGUAAAUCAUAUGAUGAGCUUUCAUAGUAACCGUCCAAGUAAAAGGUUUUGUAUAUUUAAGAAGCAUUCAGAACUCAGGGGCAUUACUGUGGUGUGCCUUAAUUGUGAUUUACUAAGUGAUGUUUCUGACUUAGAUAAUAUGGCUACACAUUUAUGUCAACAUGAAACUCACAUUUGCCAAGUUGUAAUGAAGAAAGUUUCUGUUUGUACCCCAACUUCUGAACAUCUUUCUGAAUUAAAAAAUGAAGCUCCCAGUAAGGAACGAGAACCUGAGGCUAAGGAAGUUACAAAACCUAAUAUGACUGAAGGACAAAUACAAAUAUCACAUGCAGAAAGAAAACAUGAUAAAGCUUCUUCAGAAGAAAAAAAUGAAUGUAAUGCAAAUUUAUGUGAAGAUUCGUCAGCAGCAAAAAGUGAAGAAAGCCUCACAGUUUCAGAUAAGGAAAAUGAUCCUUGUCUUACAGACCGGGAAAUUGACUCAAAGACUGUCUCCAAUUAUGAUUCAAAUACUAGUACAGAUGAAAUGGAAAAGGAAAAACAAGUACAGCCUGUUUGUCAGGAAGCAGAACUGAAGAAAUGCACAGAUUCAGAAAAGGUAGUUUCAUGUGAUCAGAAGGAAGAUCUUCACUCCAAUGAAGCUAGUUCUUCAAAGAAUAUUAAGGAUCUGCGCCUGGCAUCUGGUGAUGUUACUAUUGAUCUGUUUCUGAGAAAAAGAGAUGAGCCUAAAUCUGUUAGUUCUGAUGUCAGUGAGCAAGGCAGUGUUCGUUUGGAGCCGUUGACUCCAUCAGAGGUACUGGAGUUUGAAGCUACAGAAAUUCUUCAGAAAGGUAAUGGUGAUCCUGCUGCUAACCCUGAGGAAAGCGUGUCUGAAACAGAUGACAUUCCUGGAGGAAAUAGUCCCGGCACCACAGAGACCACAGUAGACCUGGCAGAUGAAAGAGAAAAAAGUUGAAAUUAGUCUAAGUUUCAGUGUCCCAGUGGAAAGAGCAUUUGCAGCAGCUUAUCAGGUGAGCUCAGUGGCGCUGCAGUGGAGAUCAGAAGCAGAAAUGUGAAGGAGGUCUUUCCUGCACUUCACCCAUCUGUUCAACUUAAGCAAUAAACCGGCCAGUCCACCGAUGUUACCUUGAUUAGGAUGGCUUUCCAGGUUUCUAAAGACAUGAAUAGUGUGUUCAUGAAGGUUAGGUUUGCAGUGGGAAGCUGUCGAUUUAACAGUUUGUGAGGAAGUAGGACUUGGUUGCCAUAUGAAUUUAUUAAAAGAAUUCUGGCCACAUUAGCAAUUUUCAUCAGUUCUAAGCAGAAAGUUAUUAUUGCCUGUAUAUCCUUUUCAGUUAAAGGCAGAGAUUUGAGAGCGUGCACCCUUUGGGAAACAGUAGAUUUAAAGUAAAGGCUGAUUGGCAUUGUUAAUGAAGGCCUUGUUUUGAACAUCAUGCUGGUAAACAGAGCAUGCUUAGAGUGUUAAAUUGACCUGAUGAGAACUUGGGUGAACAUAAACUUAAUUUUGAUUUUAAUUUAACAUUCCAGUCUGUCAGAAGCAUGUAAGCAGAAUAUUUGGAUCUAUGUACCUCCAUACAAGUGUUAGCCUAUCAGGCUGUAAGCUUACCUUGAAAUAAACUUUCAGUGAAAGUAAAAUUAUUAAAAUAUAACUUUAUAUUUGUGCUUUUUGUCAGUGAGUAAGCUGUGCAGAAAUCCCAUGUAGUAGAAACCUAUUGUUGAAACUCCUGUAGUUAUUAUGCUUUUAAUAUUGUUUUGAAGAAUUUUAGAAAUAGGCCCAUAAAAAAGGUCUGGAAGCCAAAGCAAAGUCUGGUAUAAUGUAGAUAUUAUAAAGCAGUAAACUGAAAACAUGUCUGGGCAUGGAUUCAGCUAUGUUUAAUUGACUUUUCUUUGACUGUAAAAUAAUAACUUCAAAUGGGACCUAAUUUGGUGAUGUAAAAAUUGGUUUUGGGAAUUGAGCCUGUUUGUCCAUAAGAUGGCUGUUACAUUGAUUUUUUCCAUUUUUUUAUCAUCUAGAAAAUAAAUAAUAGAUACAGAAAUAAUAUGAAAACCAGUAGUUUGUUCUGAAGUACUAAUAAGCUUUUAUUUAAAAAGCUACAUUUUAACUUCUUAAAAUGUGCUUUAAAUCCCUAGAUUUUGUUUCACUGAAUGUUAAAUGUUUUAAAUGGCUAUUAAAAUUCUGCUGUAUAUAGUAGUUUUUGAGUAAAUGUUUGCAAUAAAAAUUUGUCUCUGAAUAA